CGAAGCUUCCUGAACGUCCGAUGAUGUAGGUAGGCGCUGGUAGGACUUGCCUGAACUUGCCUGCAUAUUCCUGAAGCCCAAGGAGUCACCUGGAAAAGGCUAGAGCUGACUGAGCGCCCCAAAUUCUCAUCCUCUCGUCAUCGUCGCAUGUUCCUCUCCACUUGUAACAGGCAAAGAUAAAUACCAGUUUCACAUCUUGCUCCUCUUACGAUAUUGUCUUGACUCAAAUUCGACAAGAACAAUAUAUUCUUUUUAGUGAUACCCCAAAUAUCCAGGUUGAGGUUUUGAGCCAACAUACCUACGCAUCAAUUUACACAUUCACGUCGCGAUUCACGAUUGACGCUUCACACUUACACACAACUACCUAGUUUACAAACUACUUAUACAUAACCCUCACGAUUCGUACAUUUCUACCAAAUACACAUACAACAAAUACACCUGAAGACAUACGAUCAAUAUGACUUCAAGGAUGGAAUUUACAGACCGGGGCAAAAAGGCCCUGGAAGAUGCGAUGACACUAGCUGAGCAAUAUGCUCAUUCCCAACUAUUACCCAUCCAUCUUGCAGUCUCUCUCCUAGACCCUCCGCCUGACCCUUCCAAGGACCAGCAAAAUGCACCACCUGGAACCACAAACAGUCUCUUCCGACAAGUAGUAGAGAGAGCACACGGUGAUCCCCAACUUUUCGACAGAGCUCUCAAGAAGACAUUGGUCCGUCUGCCAAGUCAAGAUCCUCCCCCAGAGACGGUAUCAAUGGCACCUACUUUCCACACCGUCCUUAGAAAGGCGCAAGACCUUCAAAAGACCCAGAAGGACACCUACAUUGCAGUCGACCACCUUAUUACUGCACUUGCCGAAGACGUUUCCAUCAUAUCUUGCCUGAAGGAAGCCAAUAUUCCCAAACCCAAGCUGGUCCAGGAAGCUGUCCAAACUAUUCGCGGGACGAAGAGAGUGGACUCCAAAACUGCCGACACUGAGGAGGAGCAUGAGAAUCUUACUAAAUUCACAAUCGACAUGACAGCUAUGGCAAGAGAGGGCAAGAUUGACCCUGUCAUUGGACGAGAGGAAGAGAUCAGACGUGUUAUCCGAAUCUUGUCUCGGCGAACGAAGAAUAACCCAGUACUGAUCGGUGAGCCUGGUGUCGGUAAAACUACCGUCGUCGAAGGCUUAGCCCAACGAAUUGUCAACGCCGAUAUACCCGACAAUCUUGCCGCCUGCAAACUGCUCUCCCUCGAUGUCGGCGCUUUAGUUGCUGGAAGCAAGUACCGUGGUGAAUUUGAGGAGAGAAUGAAGGGUGUUCUCAAGGAGAUAACGGAGUCGAAAGAAAUGAUUGUUCUCUUCGUCGACGAAAUACACCUUCUGAUGGGUGCUGGUGCUUCGGGUGAGGGUGGCAUGGACGCCGCCAAUCUACUCAAGCCCAUGCUCGCUCGUGGACAACUGCACUGUAUUGGUGCUACAACCCUUGCCGAGUACCGAAAGUACAUUGAGAAAGAUGCUGCUUUCGAGCGACGAUUCCAACAGGUCCUGGUCGGGGAGCCUAGCAUUCCUGAGACCAUUUCCAUUCUUCGAGGUCUCAAGGAGAAGUACGAGGUUCACCACGGUGUCACCAUCGCCGAUGCUGCUAUAGUCGCAGCCGCAAAUCUUGCCGGACGAUACCUCACCACUCGUCGCCUGCCAGAUUCCGCCGUCGAUUUAAUUGACGAAGCCGCCGCGGCAGUCAGAGUUGCCCGAGAAUCUCAGCCUGAGCUUAUCGACUCUCUGGAGCGUAAAUUGCGACAACUCAGGAUCGAAAUUCAUGCUCUAUCCCGAGAGAAGGACGAUGCCUCCAAGGCUCGACUUCAAAUUGCUAAACAAGACGCUGAAAACGUGGAGGAAGAAUUGAGACCACUCAGGGAGAAAUACGAGCGCGAACGAAAGCGCGGUAAGGACAUUCAGGAGGCCAAGGUGAAACUUGACCGACUGAAGGUCAAGAUGGAGGAUGCAGCUCGAAUGGGCGACCAUGGCACCGCUGCAGAUCUCCAGUAUUAUGCCAUUCCGGAACAAGAGAGUGCGAUCAAGGAACUUGAGCGCCAGAAGGCCGCUGCUGAUGCGGCUCUAAGCCAGAACGAUGCCGGUGGUGCUAUGAUCACUGACGUCGUCGGACCCGACCAGAUUAACGAAAUUAUCUCACGUUGGACCGGAAUUCCUAUCACCAAGUUGAAGACUUCCGAGAAAGACAAGCUUAUUCACAUGGAGAAGGUACUUGGGAAGAUCGUGGUAGGACAGAAGGAAGCAGUCCAAUCAGUUGCCAACGCCAUCCGACUACAACGAUCAGGGCUGAGCAACCCCAAUCAGCCACCGAGCUUCCUCUUCUGCGGUCCAUCCGGAACUGGAAAAACCUUGCUGACCAAGGCCCUUGCGGAAUUCCUCUUUGACGAUCCGAAGGCUAUGAUCCGGUUCGACAUGUCCGAAUACCAGGAGCGUCAUUCGCUCAGCAGAAUGAUUGGUGCGCCACCCGGAUAUGUUGGCCACGACUCCGGUGGUCAAUUGACCGAAGCCCUCCGCAGGAAACCGUUCUCCAUCUUGCUGUUCGAUGAAGUUGAGAAGGCAGCCAAGGAGAUCUUAACUGUUCUUCUACAACUCAUGGAUGACGGUCGUAUUACCGAUGGCCAAGGACGUAUCGUCGACGCCAGGAACUGCAUAGUCGUGAUGACCUCCAACUUGGGUGCGGAGUACCUAGCUCGCCCUAGUGGCCGCGACGGCAAGAUCGACGCCACAACUCGAGAACUGGUCAUGAAUGCCCUGCGCAACUACUUCCUGCCUGAGUUCCUUAACCGUAUCAGCUCCACGGUCAUCUUCAACAGACUUACGAGACGUGAGAUUCGCAAGAUUGUAGACCUCAGACUCUCUGAGAUACAGAAGAGAUUGAACGACAAUGAUCGCAACGUCCGUAUCGAGGUUACGGAAGAGGCCAAGGACUACUUGGGCAACGCAGGAUAUUCACCUGCCUACGGUGCCAGACCUCUGGCCAGACUUAUCGAGAAGGAGGUAUUGAACCGCAUGGCAGUUCUAAUUCUUCGUGGUGGCAUCAAGGAUGGCGAGGCUGCGAGAGUUAUCAUGGUCGGUAAUAAGAUAUCGGUCUUGGCGAACCACACCGAUAGCGAGUUGGGAGAUGGUGACGAUGACGAUAUGUUGAUCGACGAGGAGGACGCGGUGGAGGAUAUUGCGCCCAAUGAUAGCAUGGACGAAGAUAUCUACGAUUAAGGGGACGUCGAGAUUGACAACGAUUAACGAGUGAUGAGAUACCAUGCAUACAGAGAAGAAAACAUGUACAUUGAGGCGCAGAAUUAGUAGGGGAGUGGAUUACAUGUAUACUAAUCCUACGAUGUUAAGGUAAAAAAUAAGUCGUAAGGUUGGCGUGGCGUUUGUGCCGGGUCAUAGGAGGGUUUUACAUAGCAUCGUGGCUAAUAAACCAAAUUGGCAUUAGUUCGAG